GAAGUGGUACUUUUAAUUGUUGCGAGCGCGUGAGCUCGAGGGUUGUCAGGAAGCGGCCGCUGGGACUGGCGACGACCGGGGAAGACAAGAGUCUCUAACGGACAAGUGGGGUUAAAAACGCCCGAAUCUCGCUCAGCUCGGGCUUCCCAGCGGUCCUUGUCGUGAAUUUGCCUUCGGGAGUCCGUGUUAAUGAGCCUGCUGGGUGAUUAUGCGACGGCAUCGGUGCGAGUAAUGUUUGAAUUAAAGAAUGUACGGCUGGCUUUCCUCAGGAAGGCGUAGCUGCGGCGAUCUGACGGCGUGUUUUGUUUGCAGCUGCCCGCUGCUUCGAUAGCUUAGCCUAGUUAGCUUAGCGCCCUUAGCUUAGCAGCGCCGCGUCCGGCCAGUGGACGCCUGGCUACUCUGAGCUGGCUGUCCGUUCUGGCUCUGUAGGCUUAAGCUCCGUUUGUUGUUUGUUACGUUUAAUUUCUAGCUGGCGGCAGCUAACGAUACGUACAGCAAUACUGGGAAUUUUAAAUUCCGAUUUUUCUUUCUUUUGUUUGUUCGGUAGCGGUGGCACUCGUAUCUGAUUUAUUCUGCUGCUUUGGUGUUAUGCUGCAGUACGUGUGUGUUUGACACGGAUAUAGCCGGAUUUUGUGCGUUUUUAUCGGGGCCGGGGAACUUUUUCCCUUCGGAUAAGGGUUUGGACGGCUGCCCGCAUGAUGCGAUACAACCUCAGUCCAGCUAAGGCGAGCUAUCUCCGGCCGGAGGCGAACCCUUUUGACUAAAACCUUUGCGGUAUUAUCGGAGGUAACGCUGUCACCUGAUACUGCAGACGGGGCAGCUGCAACAACAGGUAAGUAUGAUUCUAUGAUCUACUUAAGCCUUUGCGACUGCAUCUCAACCUUUGACUUCCUCCCGCCUUUCCGAACCUGAACACCUUGUUUCAGUUAAAACCAAGUGUGUGUAUGGAGCAGUGUGAGAGUGCCGCCUCCCUCCUGGCCUCAGUGCGGGAGCAGGAGGUACAGUUUGAGCGCCUGACUCGGGCUCUGGAGGAGGAGAGGAGACGAGUCGGACACUCCAGCCCUCUCCCCCGCCCCCUCCCUACUCCGCAGAACGGUCGUGUAGCUGGUGAUGUGGACAUAGACAGACUCAAACUGAGUGAAGGAUACAUUAACGGGACACAGUACAGGAUGCUGGACCCUGGCCACGUCCUUGAGACUUACACUGUGGAAGAGGACCCACAACAGUCCCCGUCGGUCGUCUCAGUGGAGACCAGUGACGAUGGAACCACCCGCCGCACAGAGACAACGAUGAAGAAAGUUGUGAAGACGGUCACCACACGCACUGUCCUCCCGUCUAUGUCUGACACCAUGUCGCUCGACGGAGGCGGAUCUUUGUCCGGCGGCGGCGGUUAUGUGGGCACCCUGGACCGCGUCUACAGGCAGGGUCCGGGCGGGGACUACCCGACGGCCACCGUCCCCAGGAAUUACCACUAUGGACCCACAGGGGGCUACGACAGUUACAUGCCUGCUCCUCACCCGGAGAGCUACGUGAGUCUGAGCAGAGGGGCGCGCCUGGACGAGCGCUACAGGCCGGUGGAUGGAUACAGGACCCUGGACUCGGGAUACCGUGCACCCAGCCGACAACAGAUGGACCCUUACGGAGCGCAGCCCCAGGUGAGGAUAGGGAGCGCCAUGGAGCUGUCAUCCAUGCCCCGAUACAUGCCUGAACCCUAUGGCCCGGAGGACGAUCAGAGGAGCCUGGGCUACGAUGACAUGGAGUACAGUAUGGGCCCCCCACCUGUUUACCCCGCCUAUGGGACCGUGCCCAGGCUAGGCCCAGGUGGAGGUGGCGUGGAUCGCCGUAGGCUCAGGAGUUGUGAGGGCACCCUGGAUGGUGACAUGGGGGGACCAGGGGUGGACCCCUACUGCUGGCCCCCGCAGAUGGCGCAGAUGGACAGGGGCAGCAUGGCCUCCCUGGACAGCACCCUGCGCAAGGGCGACGUGUCCACGGCCUGGAGGCAGCCCGAGCUCCCCGAGGUCAUCGCUAUGCUCAACUACCGCCUGGACCCGGUCAAGAGCAAUGCUGCCGCGUUCCUGCAGCACCUCACCUUCAAGAACGACAAGGUAAAGUCGGACGUGCGUCGCCUGAAGGGUAUCCCUGCCCUCGUCUCCCUGCUGGACAACCCAAAGAAGGAGGUGCAUCACGCUGCCUGCGGAGCUCUGAAGAACAUCUCCUAUGGCCGGGACCCCGACAACAAGAUCGCCAUCAAAAACUGCGACGGGGUACCGGCCCUGGUCAGGCUGCUGAGGAAAACCAGGGACCAGGACCUCACAGACACUAUCACUGGAACCCUGUGGAACCUGUCGUCUCAUGACUCUGUCAAGAUGGAGAUCGUAGAUCACGCUCUGCACGCCCUGUCGGACGAGGUGAUGGUGCCCCACUCCGGCUGGGAGAGUGGCACGGGGGGGAAGACGGUCGACGACAGCUGUAAGCCCCGGCACCUGGAGUGGGAGACCGCUCUGACCAACACAGCAGGCUGCCUCAGAAACGUGAGCUCGGAGCGCAGUGAGGCGCGACGAAAGCUCCGGGAAUGCAGCGGAUUGGUCGACUCCAUCAUGUACAUCGUCCAGUCGCAGAUCGACCGCAAGGACGUCGACAACAAGCUUAUAGAGAACAGCGUCUGUCUGCUGAGGAACCUCUCCUAUCAGGUCCACCGUGAGGUGCCUGGGUGCGAGCGCUACCUGGAUUCCACGCCCCAGAACCAGGCUAACGCCCCCGGCUCUGCACAUAAGGCCAGCUGUUUUGGAUCACGCAAGGGCAAAGAUGAGUGGUUUUCCAAAGGAAAGAAAGAUGCAGAUGACUCUGCUGCGGACUUAAUUGACAUUCCAAAGAGAAGCACUCCAGCCAAAGGCUACGAGCUGCUGUUCCAGCCAGAGGUGGUACGGAUUUAUACAUCCCUGCUGAAGGAGAGCAAGAACCCGUCUGUGCUGGAGGCGGCCGCAGGAGCCAUUCAGAACCUUUGCGCUGGCCGGUGGACUUACGGGAGGUAUGUGCGGGCCAUGGUGCGCCAGGAGAAGGGCCUGCCCAUGAUGGCGGAGCUGCUGGCGCAUGGGAAUGACCGUGUGGUGAGGGCCAUGUCUGGAGCCUUGAGGAACCUCGCCAUCGACGGCAGGAACAGGGACCUCCUGGGGAAGCAUGCUGUGCCCCAGCUGGUGGCCAAUCUCCCAGGCGGGGGCCAGCAGCAGCCGGCACGCGCGCUGUCGGAGGAGACCGUGGUGUCUGUGUUGAGCACGCUGGCGGAGGUGCUGGGCUCCAGUGUGGAUGCAGCCAAGACGCUGCGCGCCUCACAGGGCAUCGAGCGCCUCGUGCUCAUCAACAAGGACGGUAACCGAUCAGAGAGGGAGGUGCGUGGAGCUGGGCAGGUGCUCCAGAUCGUCUGGGGGCACAAAGAGCUGCGCCGCACGCUGGAGAAGGACGGCUGGAAGAAAACUGACUUCAUGGUGAACGCCAACCCCCCCGCCAUCAGCAGCCGCAGCAACGGGGGCUAUGAGGACAGCACCACUCCCCUCAUCGAUAGAGGCGGGGAAAAGAAGGACAGAGACCGAGACAUGAUUCCCCUGAAUGACAUGGGACCAGAUGCAUAUUCCACACUGGAUCAGAGGGAGAGGCGGCACACCCUGGACAACUCUCUCGACAUGGCGGACAGGGACGGCAUACCGGGAGGGAGGUAUGGGGACAGAAAGGCCUCGUUGCCUCUGGUCGACUCAUACGACGGUUAGCCAUAACCCCUUCCCUCUUACCCAGUGCAUGUCACAGCAUGAAAAACUGAUUGUCUGCAUCGCUCGGGGAGAGCGGCCUAUUCCCUCCCACUGUUGCUGAGCAAGAAUCGACACCCAAAAGGACAACCGGUGGACCCCUUUCCCUGCCCACCCACACAUAACAUCCUUUGCUUUUUCUCUUCUCACCUUGGGAGCAGCCAGGAACUGCAGGCUGCCUCGGUUGCUCGUCACUGCCCUAGUCUCACUCCUGCUUAGCAGAGUGUCAGCUGGGUAGGUCUCAGCUGCAGUGUCUGUCAGGUUACAACCCCCCAAGAUGAAUACCGAUUGCUAGGGACGUCUUACGGAGUUAAACCCUGACGCGUCAUGUGAUUUCACCUGUACUCGCAUUCCAGUUUUACAUUAUGACCUAAAAACCAGCUUUCCAAAACCACUUUUUCCACUUUCUCCUUCAGUCUUUAGGGGUUAAAAAAAUUCUUGCUUGUCCCUGAGCACCAACUCUACUCAUUUGCCUCAGCAUGAGGCUGCUCAAUUCUUGCUGGUCUCAAAGAAAUGCCAUUUCUGUUUUUUUUUUUUUUUUUUUUUUUUUUUUUUCCUCCCCCCUCCAUAAAUAAAAAUGAGGUGAUUUGUGGGUAGGGAAAGAGGAUGGGGGUUUGUCUGUCCAAAGAGAGCUGCAGGAAUCUGGUCCACAGCUGUAGUGAUCAGACAUAUAAUGUCAAUGCCUAAUAUGCCAUGAAAGCAGUUACCUUCUGACAAUCACUGCUAAUUGCUAAUGAUGUUAGGUGGACGUGCAGUACCACUGUUUUUCUUUUUAAUUGCAUGAUUACUCCACCUCGCCUGAAUUACAAUCGAUUUUCAGACAUUUUGAAAGUGAUUUUUUUUUUUUUUUUUUUUUUUUGGUGGACUUCUUAAAGCUCGUUUCUACGUCUCUGUCAUGCCUCCGCCAUGCGGAUGUUGAUGUACAGGUUAGUUGUCCAUAUGUCUGCCAAGCCUUCAAGUCUGCUUCCUCCUGUGUCAGACUGGCUGCCAUAGAACCAACACGUUUUGAGUUCAUUUAAAAAAAAAAAAAAAAAAAAAAAAAAAAAACAGUGGCAUUUUUUUAAAAAUCUUUUCGUAAAUGCUUCCCCAUCAAAUAGUUAAUAUCUCCAGGUGGUUUUCUUUGUUUAAAAAAUAAAUAAAUCAACUUUUGUAAUGGAGUUAGUCUUAGCUAGCCAACCUAAAUUACUAGCAGAAGUAUGGUUUGGUAAGUGUUGGGUUUAAUGUACAUUCCCCCCCUCCCAUAGAUUAAAAAUAUGUAUUUGUAUACAGUUAAUGUAAUCUCUUCUGGAUUUGUUACAUUGUUUUAACAGGGGUCACUGAUUAUAAAAGGCACAGAGGCUAUAGGAGUCUAUAGGGAGCUAUAGGGAGGAUCGCAGUGACUUUUGGUUAGUGGUUGGUUUUCCACUGCGCUCUUUGAUGUAGAACGAGUACGAGCUCCUGCUGCUGGUGCUGAUGUGUUCGAGUUCUUGUGUUAGGGAACAGGCAGUGCAUCUUUAAGAAUCCUGAAGUAUUGGAGGUGAGGGAGGGCAGUGCAGGAAUGUCGUUUUAAAAUGGACCAGUUUUGUGUAAACGUAUUUCCAACUUUUGCUGUUGUACCUUCUCGGGAGGAUCUUUGAACUUUUGGACCUUUUAUUAACCCCCCCACCUCCCCAACCCCCGAAUUAAUUUAUUUGUAUGUCAAGCUCCGUACAAUUAUAGCCACUAUAACUAUCCUUGCCCUUGCACCCGUGUGUACAAGCAAAGGCUCUUGUCUUUGUCUACAUGCUUAGAAAUGAACACGUGAAGAUUGUAGCAUUUAAAAGGAAUAUUGUACAGCUGUGCAAAAGGUCAAGUAACUGCAAGGAUGAAUUUAACACUAAAGCAUAUAAAUGCUGCACGAAGGUCAGAAAGUGCUAUACUUGUAGGAUUUACACUACAGAAUAUAAUACUAAGCAGUACUGCACAAAUGCUGACUGCAAAACUGUGGAAUUGCCUAUGUAUCAGUCACUAAUGAGAGAUUGGGGACUUUCGGCAGACUAGUUAUAAUCCCACUACGUUUUGGGUAGAGAGGAAUGGGAUUGGGGCAACUUGAUUUGUUGCUUUGAAAUGUGCUUUGAAAUUUAAGGGGACAUUUCUCCCCCUCCCCCAAAGCAAUGAUUUGCGGAGACCAGAUUUUUGAAUCUAAUUUGAGUAAAAUGCACAUUUAAGUAUAUAUGAUUUUUUGUUUUGCAUUUUUUUUUUUGUUAAUUCAUUUACGCAUUUUGAUACUGUUGAUUUUGGGGGCUGUUGGUCUGGGGAUUUGGUUUAAGAGCUUAUGCAAUCUGAUUCUGAACAUUUUUCAGCUUAUUCUUUUUAGACAAAACUGGCAAAAGACAAAUCAUGUUUUUAAUUUUCAUCCUGCGUUUCUUUGUUGCGAUGCUAAUGUAAGUUAAAUCAUAUGGAAACCUUUAUCUCUUUGCCUUUGCUCUUAAAGUUGCAGGUUUUUUUUUUCAUUAAAAUAUGUAACUGGCAAUACUGUUUUUUAUAAAAAAUAAAGAUCUUUUUCUCAAA